AUGUCCUUUUGUCUCAUCUACAAUUUGCGAAUAAUUCAAUUAUGGAAUCAGAUGGUGCUUAUUAAAAGAAUUCUAAGAUGCUUCAAAGUUUUAUCUGGUCUUAGAAUAAAUUAUCACAAAAGUGUGGUGUGUGGUGUUGGUGUGGAUGAUGCUCUCUUGCUCUCCUUUGCAAAGCUCCUCAACUGUCAAGUUCAUAGCCUACCUCUGAGAUUUCUGGGUCUACCUCUUGGAGCCAACCCCGGGAGAAAAUCUACAUGGAAACCUGUGCUUGACAAAAUCAGAUCCAAACUCUCGGGGUGGAAGAGAAAACUGCUGUCUUUUGUAGGUAGAUUAACUCUAAUCAAGUCCACCUUAUCUAGUUUACCAAGUUAUUUUCUCUCUUUAUUUAAGAUUCCAGAAGGUGUGGCCAAAGAAAUCAAGAGGAUUGAAUCAGCUUUUUUAUGCGGUGGUAAUGACCUGAAAAGGAAAGUUCAUUUAGUGAAAUGGGGGGAGGCCGCAAAAAGCAUUAAUCAAGGGGGUCUGGGCAUUAGAAGAAUCAGAGAUACCCUUCUGUCUUCACCAGUUGCACCUUCUGUGGCUAUGACUCUGAAUCUGCUUCCCAUGUCUUGCAUCACUGCCCCUUUUCUUGGACGAUCUGGUCUUCAAUUAUUCGUGAUUGGGGGCUUUCUUGGUGCAUUCAAGAUUCAGUUGAUGGCCUUCUCCAAUGGUGGAUGA